AUGGUAGCUAAUGAACCUACACCUGGACCUUCCAAUGUGAAAAGGAGUAGGAAAAGUGUUAAAUUGACAGAGAAACAGUUACUUAGUGUACUAGACAACAGUGAUUUUCUGUAUAGUGAGGAUGAGGCAUACCACGGAGAUUGUCAUUUAGAGGCUGCAGAAGAAUUGCAGAGUGAUGAUAGCGAGAAAGCACAGCUUUCGAAUCUGUUUCAUGACAGUUCUGAAUCUGACGAUACGGAUCACAAUGAUUGUGUGGAAAUCGAUGACGAAAAAGAGCCCGAUCUGUCACACAGGGAUAAUCCAGGUGAGUUAUGGCAUAAAGAACCACAUAAUAUGCAGUAUCACCCAUUCACGAAGGAAGAAGUUUUGCAAAUUCAUCCUGCUGGCAAUUCUCCUAUGGAUUUCUUCGGAUUAUUGGUAACAGACGAAUUGUUGCAACUUGUAGUUGACGAAACGAACAAUAACGCAGUCAACUCAUUGCUGAGUGAAAAUAGAAAAGAGGGGUCUAGGAUCUGUAAAUGGAAACCUCUAAGUAUAGGUGGAUUACUAGUUUUCCUGGGUGUUUUGUUACAUAUGGGUAACGUUAAAUAUCUGGAAGAAAGAACGGCUGUUUGA